AUGCAUUCAAUCAUCAAUGCUGCUUCGAAAGUCUUGAAACUCCAAGGGGAUAUGAAGAAGACAACACUCAUUUUGGAAGAUAUACUCAUACUACAACCAAUUGACCAUGAAAUUGAAGCAAAUUUAGAACACCCGUUACAGCACGAAUUAAUAGAAAUAAUACAGGGUUAUUCACUACAGGACAAAAGAAGCAUUAAUAGUAAAAAAGGUAUUGCUGAAGAUGAAAUCUGUGAACUAAGUAACCAUGUCUGCCUUGCACUCUCAAGAAAGUUUGAAUUAAGGAAUGAUAGUAAAAACUUCAACAUAGCUCAACCCAAACGAUGGAUGCAAUUGCUAGAAACAUUAACUGACACAACCGGCUUUGCCGUGGUUAUUCAAAUCAUUAUUAUUUUAUCCAACACUUCUCUAAUAAAUAAACAAAACUUGGGAAGCCUGAAACAACUAAGGAGCCAAAUUUUUGAAAUAUUGUUAAAAAAAAAAAAUACAUGGAAAUGUAAACUACUACAGAGGACUCUUUUAGAACUAUAUAUUGUAGGGCUUUCCGUGGAUUGCACACCUUUGGAAUUACAAAACCUGUACCGUCAUAAGAAUUUGAGAUUCUGUAAUGAUAUUUUGGACUCAUUAACAUUACAAGUAUCUGACCCUCGUUCGCAAAAUUACUUACAGUUUGAGAAUGCAUACAAACUUUUUCAAAUACAGAAAUCACCCAAAAUCAAUCAUUCUUUUCUCUUUUACGUCGAAUUAAAUACCGUUACAUCAAAUAGGUUAAUGACCAUAGAAAAUCAGAUGUAUCUGGAGAUUAAGGAAGGCCAAUUUUGUGUUUCAAAUGAUAAUUACAUGAUCGGCUUAUUUGAAAACUUUGAAUUUGAAGUAGGAAACUUGUACUUUAUUGCGGUUAUAAUUGAUCAAAAUAACCGAAUAUCUUUAUAUGUUGAUGGGAAUUUAAUCAACCAGAUCACGUUAUUUGAAAAUUCAAUAUUUCAAUUAAGUACCUGUGAACUAGGAUCCAUGAUUUCCUCUUUCAAGCUUUACAGAUUUUAUUUGUGGGAUGGGCUACUAACAGAAUCGACUAUUAGACUACUUCAGCAUAUCGGAAGUAAUUAUCAGUAUACAUUUGAUAAAAAGAACAAAUUUUGUGGUAUAUUGUCGAGUUGCCAAGAUGUGUUGAUAACAAAAACUCGUUUGAUGAUCAAGUCACCCACAGAAACUACAUGCACAAAAUUCCUUGACGAAAUUAAGCUUCUUGAAAUGGAGAAUAUUAUAAUUGAUAUGAACCCGAAUAAUAUCUGUCAAGAUUAUGCCAAAUCCUCUAAUUUCACAAUAACAUUCAAAGAAAACAAGGGGAACUCGAACGAUAUCCCCGGCAUGGGAAAAUGCUAUUUAUAUCAAAGCUCCAACUUGGUUGCUAAGUUUAUCUCUAUCGAUUGCAUACGUUUUGCGUUUUUGAACAUCACAGAAUGCAAUAGUAUGGACGACUUACUUCGUCACGUAUCACAUUUACUGAAUCUUUUGCGUAAUACUGAAAUUCUUAAUUGCUUCAAAAGAGACUGUGGCUUUCCUUUAUUUGCUUAUACUCUGAGGCAAAAAAUAACACAAGAUCUAUUGCAGCCUCUAAAUAUUCAGUUUUUCAAUUUAUUCAUAGAAUUUUGUGGUUGGGAUUUUAGAGAUAUCUCAAAAUCCAUAAUUUCGGAUACAGAAGCCUACGAAAACUUAGUACUGAAUUUAGAUUUAUGGUACGUGGACGAAGAUGAAAGUUCCCUUACAUCAGGAGGAUUAGAAAUUAUCAGGUUUCUUUUUUUUCAAAUUUCAAGUUUACUGGAAGCUUCUAUUUAUGCUAGGUUCAAUGCUGAAAAAUUUAAGACAAUGAAAACUCUGGAAAAGUUGUGUUUGACUUAUCAAGCUACUACAAAGAAAGGGAAGCCUACGAACAAGUUUGAUGUGCUGUCCAAUGAUGUAGUAUCUGUACUGCUUGCCUUGUUGAAAUACAAUUUCGAUAAAUGGCACUUACAAUGGUUGUUACAUCUUUCGUAUUACUUCAUUAGAGCCAAGGAUAUACGUUCCGGAGAAAUUAUUCUUCAAACGGUAGACCAACUCUUUUCGUUCUUCUUAGACCAAGACAACGACGAGAAUGCUAAAUUACUUUCUAAAAUGAUACCGAUUAAACUGAUACUGAUGAUCAUGGAUCAAUUAAUGCAAAAUAAUGAAUCGAACCCCACCAUUUGCUUGAACAUUCUAUUCAAGACAACCCUGAUUAAUAAAUCUCUCUUCAAGCAAUUUUACAAAAAUGAUGGUCUGAAACUCAUAUUGACCAUCAUAUGUAAGGCGGAUGAAACUCGUCAGGAAGAUUUUAUCUCCUUACUUUUCACCUACUCAAUGGAUAACUAUAGCACAACUAACGAACUCGUCUCAGAUGCGGGAAGCGACAUUUUUAAAGAAAAUCACACCAAUGAGAUAACCACGAAGGAAAUUAUUUACUUAGCCAUCAAUUUCAUAGAGUGGCAUGUGGUGAACUCAGAAGCCAAUGACUAUUCUUCGUUAUCAGAUCUGAACAACCACAUAUCAAGAUUUAUCGAAAAUUUGGAAUUCUUAAGCAAGGUUCCGAUUAACGCACCUGUAUUUGAUCCUAGAACUAGUUAUGUGGCCGUCUCAUUACUAGAUCUCUUAAUAACUUUAAACCAAUCAGGAAAUGUCUCAGAAUUCGAAACCUCUUCGAAAUUAAUUACAAGACUGAUUAAAAACAAUAUACUAUAUGCUCUUACAACAUACGCGACCUAUGAUUUUGAGGUUUAUAUUAACGCAUUUUUCUGUCACAAUGCAGAAUACAAGCUGGUUCAUCCCAAAACUGUGAUAAACAAUACCAAUUAUUUGGAGCUCGCAUUUAUAGUAAACAUUCUGCCGAAUAUCCUUGAUACCUUAGUAGGUAGUGACGGUAGAUUGAACUCAAUGAUACUAAAAUACCCAUAUAUGAUGUCAAAUCUCCUUUAUCUUCUUCGGAAAUUCCAACCUGAUACAUUGCAAAUUGUCAUGCCUGAACAGUUUUAUUUUUCAAGUUAUACAUGUCUUUUGAAUUGUAUUAGUCUGAUUGGUAAGUCAACUUGCCAUCGUUUUAAAAACGUUCUAAGGUCCCAACUAUUGCAGGACUUCAAAAUUUGCUUGAUAAGCCUACUCUAUUCCAGUACAUCCAAGCAAAUAAUUUGGGAAGACCAACAAUACGAGAUGCUUUGUAAAUCGCUAUUACAGCGGAAAGAAACUUUAUUUGAGAAUAUAUACUGGGCGUGCGAUAAUGAGACUAUCAGUUUAUUACUAAUAUUCUUAGCCAGUAGAUUGCAUGAAACUGGAUACGAAGAAGUGACCUUCAAUUGUUUUAGAGUGAUAGUCCAAGAAAAAAAAAACAAACUCAAGGAAUUAGCAAAUUACUUUGACAUAGAGGACAAGCAUGACGUUAUUAUUGCCUUGACUCAUUUUAUAUCAAGCGAUAGUUGUGAUCUAGUGAACUUCUCAAUAGAAAAUUACCCUUUUUUUUUCAGCGAUGUACAAAAAAAGAGAUUCAAGAAUUCUGCUACCAGUUUUCUAUAUAGAAAUACCGAUUUUUCAGCAUUAAGCAUAAAACAGAUUAACAGCCAAGUUUAUGAAUGGAAACAUGCAAGAUUCGAAUACAUAACUAAAAACAAUCAAAAGUGUCUCGUUCUAUUUCGGAAAGACAAUACGCCUUUAGAGUUUAAAAUCAAAAAAUCUAUAUCGAGGUACAUUUCCAACUUCAAAACCGACAGAGAAGAGGACUCAGUAUUUUAUCAAAAUAAUUUGGACCUUUUAAUUUUUCAUCUGCGACAUACUCUGGAGAUACAGUCAGGCUCAAGGAUUUCUUGUAAAUGGUCACUGGAUUUUGUGGAAGAUUUUGAUGGAAUGAAAAGAAGGCUUUUACCUGCCUGGGAGCCAAAAAAUGAACCACUUUUCAAUGAGGAAGAUACGAAAAGUGAAACCAUUACGAGUAAUAACAGACAAAGGAGGGAAAGUGGAAGCAUUUUAUCCUAUGAAUUUAUCGAAGAUAUGGAAACUCUUGACUUGGAACCGUUAGGUGAUUUGAAUGAAAACAGAAAAAUUCUUAGACUUUUGAAAGAUAACGAUUUUAUUUCCACUAUUUGGAAUUGUAGUUUAAUUAUCGGGUUAGAAAUCAAAGAGGGCAUUUUAGUCCACGGUAAUAACUACCUUUACUUCGUAAGCGAUUACUAUUUUGGUUCAGAAGAUAAAAAAAUCCUGAAAUUAUCAGAAGUGUCCCAAGAGUUACGAGACAUAAACGUUAGUCUAAUCAACGGUACGGACCCUGAAAAAGUAUCAAACUCUCUCAAGCAUGAAGUUUUCGUUUGGAAACUUCUCGAUCUCACUUUUGUUACUAAGAGGCCCUUUCUACUUCGUGAUGUUGCAAUCGAGCUAUUAUUUGAAGAAAGAGUUAGUGCAUUUUUCAGUUUUAAUAAUAAAAAGGUGAGGGAUGAUGUUCUGCGGGUGUUGAAUAGGAUUCCCAAACACCUUCCAGCUGAUCCGGUUUUUUCGAGUGUUCUACAAGAGAUAAACAAUCGGGGUAAUACUAUAGUAGCAAAGAAUGGUAUAGGUAAAGCAAGCAUUGCUUCUAAAUUUACCAGUGUUUUCUCAACCAACAACAGCCUAAUAGACGGAUUUGAACUUAGUAAAAAAUGGGUCAGGGGAGAAAUCUCCAACUUCUAUUAUUUGAUGUGUAUCAAUACUCUAGCGGGAAGAUCAUUUAACGAUUUAACUCAGUAUCCUGUGUUUCCUUGGGUCAUUGCAGAUUACGAAAGUGACGUGCUUGAUCUAGAAAACCCGAAAACUUACCGGGAUCUAUCAAAACCUAUGGGUGCCCAAAGUAUGAAAAGAAAGCUGCAGUUUAUGGAACGCUACGAAGCGUUGGCUUCUUUAAAUGAUGCUGGUUCUCCGCCAUUUCAUUAUGGCACACAUUAUUCAUCAGCUAUGAUAGUAUCUUCGUACUUGAUAAGGCUAAAACCUUUUGUUGGCUCCUUCCUAUUGUUACAAGGCGGGAACUUUGGCCUCGCAGACCGUUUGUUCAGCUCUCUUGAAAGAGCUUGGUGCUCUGCUGCUGCCGAGAAUACGACUGAUGUAAGGGAAUUAACGCCUGAGUUCUUUUUUUUACCUGAAUUUUUAACUAACAUCAAUAAAUAUAACUUUGGUGUAGAUCAAAGUGGAAAAAAAGUUAACGAUGUCAUUCUUCCUCCAUGGGCAAAUGGUGACGCAAAGGUUUUUAUUCAGAAAAAUAGAGAAGCUUUGGAAAGCCCGUAUGUAUCAAAGCAUUUGCAUGAGUGGAUUGAUUUGAUAUUUGGCUUUAAGCAAAAAGGUAAGAAUGCUAUGGAUUCUGUUAAUGUAUUCAACAGGUUAAGCUAUCCCGGUGCCGUAAACCUAGAUAAUAUUAACGAUGAGAACGAACGUAGAGCUAUUACAGGCAUCAUUCACAAUUUUGGCCAGACGCCUUUGCAGAUAUUCCAGGAACCUCACCAAAGAAAGUUGGUCUUUGAUAUUCGACAGUUACCGACAGAAGUAUGGCAUAAAAUCCCAAGUAAGCCGAUAUUCGAAAAAUUGGUUUUGAAUUCAAAUGGAAAGAACAGGCCCGUGAGUUAUGUUAUACACGAUUCCAAUUACUUUGAUUCUCUUUAUUGGAGAGGAUUCGCUUUUCCAAAUUUGUUUCUCAAAACAGAGGAAGGAGUAGUGUCGUUCAAGAUUGUUCAUAAAAGUUCGUUUAGAAUUGGCGUAGACUUCUUCGAAAAAACACACAUGGCACAAAUCACUUCUUUCACAAAUUGGAAAUCUGGUCAGUUUAUAACUGGAGAUGAAACUGGAUUAAUAAAAGUUUGGAAAUACCAUAAAAACAAGCAUGGCGCCUUAGGACACCUUGAAAAGAAAAAAGCAAUGCUAGGGCACUUAUAUGAAGUAAAGGAAAUGUGUUGCUAUUUAGAUUACAACAUGCUUUUAACUUUAGAUGUUAGCGGCUUAGUCUAUGUCUGGGAUAUGAUAAAUUUCGAACUGGUAAGAGAAAUAUCUGCUAAUGCGAAGCGGAUAGCAAUAUCUCAACACACCGGGAGUAUAAUGGUUCUAACUGAAAAAAAUGCCAUAUCCGUUUUCAAUUUGAAUGGUGAAGAGUAUACUUCAAAGGCAUUCGAAGCGGUUAAAAUUGCAAGCUCUAUCGAAUUUCUAGAUUUUACAAAACUAGACACCGGUUACAGACAGCAUAUCUAUUGGAAAGAAAAUGAAGUACUGUUAGUCGGUUUCGAAGACGGAAAAAUAGAAAUUUAUGAGCUCCAUUUGAACUCUCGUAACGAAUGGGCGAUGAAAUUGCUCAAAGAGCUUUCUACAGGGAGAGGAAAAGCAAUAACUAGUAUUAAGGCACAAGGUAAAACAUACCUAUCCCAGAAAACACACAAGGACCCAAAAGAGCAAAGCGAAAUAGAAGUGAUUUCAGGCACUGGAGAUGGUAGGCUGACAAUCUGGUACUAA